UGUCCACACAAGGUGUCAGUUGGCAACGUUCAAAAUUUAAAUAUGGCGUCAUUGAUGGAAAUUGAUGAUGAAGAAAGUGAUUUACCAACUUCGAGUAGCAGCAAAGGAGAGAAGAAACGUUUCGAAGUGAAAAAGUGGAAUGCUGUGGCGCUUUGGGCAUGGGAUAUCGUGGUAGACAAUUGUGCCAUAUGUCGUAAUCAUAUUAUGGAUCUAUGUAUCGAAUGUCAAGCAAAUCAAGCAUCAGCUACUAGCGAAGAAUGUACCGUAGCUUGGGGUGUAUGCAAUCAUGCAUUCCAUUUCCAUUGCAUUUCACGUUGGUUGAAAACUCGGCAAGUUUGUCCGCUCGACAAUCGAGAGUGGGAAUUCCAAAAAUACGGUCAUUAAUAAAGUAUGUUCAAUUGUCACCAACAACACACUCGAGAACAAUAAAACCAAACACAGGUAUGAUUACACACAAACUAAAGUUAACGAUAAAACAAGGUAAAAAUUCAGUGCAGCUUCUUGGAGUUGACAAAAAAAAGAGUGUAAGGAAAAAGAAAUAAAAGAAAAGAUAUUAUUUGUACAUGGAAUAUUUAGAACGUUACCGCACUGGCAUUACAAAGUUUAUAUUACAACACUUAAUAAGUUGAAAAACGGCAAGUAUUAAAAAAAACCUACAAAUUUCCGAAUCUCCCUGAUUAUAUUGGUUACCGCAUUAUAUAACAUAUAGUCGUCGAAUAUCGUGCUCCAAUAAAUAAAUAAUAUGAAACAAA